GAAAAGGAGGGGGCUCCCACCUAUGGCAAGGCACCGCUGGAGCUCUGACCUCAUACAGACUCGGCCUGGCACCCUGACUGCGGGUCCCCAGCUCUGACGUGGGCCUGUUGAGCUGGCAGCAGGCUAGGAAGCUCCGUGACACGAGUGAGCAGCAUGGAGGAGCAGCUGUCUCAAGAGCAGGUGGCCGAGUUGAAGGAGGCCUUCUCCAAGUUUGACAAGGACGGGGAUGGCAGCAUCAACACUCAGGAGCUGGGCGCCGUGAUGCAGGCCCUGGGCAAGAAUCUGUCGGAGGCCGAGCUGAAGGAGAUCAUCAGCAAGGUGGACACAGAUGCUGACGGCGUCAUCAGCUUCCCAGAGUUCCUGGAAGAGAUGGUCAGGAGGAUGAAGGCCUGGAGGAAAAAGCAAGGCCUGCAGGAGGCCUUCCGUGUCUUCGACGUGGACGGCAACGGCUACAUCAGUGUGGACGAGCUCAAGCAGGUCAUGGCCAAGCUGGGUGAGGAGCUUUCCCAGGAGGUGCUGGAGGCCAUGAUCCACGAGGCUGACGUGGACCAGGACGGGCAGGUGAACUACGAGGAGUUCGUGCGCAUCCUCUCCCAGAAGUGAGGGCCCAGCCACCUCCUUCCACCUGAUCCUGGUUCUCAUGCUUUUUUGGGGCCCCUGCUUUUGUGGUGGGGUAUAAAGGGAGGGUCUGGGUGGUGGGAAUUGCCUACCUGGUGGGAAAGCCUUGCCACUCUUGGGCCUGGGAGAUGAGCCCCUGGGGCUCCUUGGGAGGGAGCCCCUCUACCCUGUAUCCCUAGGCCAGUUCCUGUUGCUGUACCCUGCAGGGAAAUGGGGGUGCUCCCUACCACACAGGGCUGCUGUGAGGAACCCCAAAGCCAUGUGGUGGUCAAAAUAAAAGGAAUGUGAUCUCCGA